UAGCGGCGGCGAGCUCUGUUUCCCUCAGGGCUCCUCAGUCUCCGCGAGACCAUGCUGGCCGGGUGGCGCCGCGUGGCGCGGAGUGCGGCCGGGGGCCUGAGGCGAGCCAUCGCCGCCCCGGAGGCCCGCAGAAGGGUCAGCACCAGCUGGUCCCCGGUGGGCGCCGCCUUCAACGCCCGGCAACAGCAGCAGGAGGCCGGGAGGAGGAAGACGGGUUUGUUUGGUGUAGCAGAGCUGACUUGUCCAGAAGGGUUUCAAGAAGCUCAGGAAAAAUCAUUACAAGAAACAGAACGUCUAGUCCAGAAAGCAUGUAUUACACCUCCUGGGAAAGAAAUAGUAAUGAUCUUUGAUCAGCUCUCAGAUGCCUUGUGUAGAGUCGCAGAUCUAGCAGAUUUUGUAAAAAUUGCUCACCCGGAUCCUGCUUUCAGAGAGGCUGCUGAGGAAGCCUGCAGAAGUAUUGGUACUAUGGUAGAAAAAUUAAAUACAGAUGUAGAUUUGUGCCAAAGUCUGAGAAAAUUGUUGGCUGAUAAAGAUGUUAUGGAUUCCCUUGAUCCAGAAACAAGGCGUGUGGCUGAACUUUUCAUGUUUGAUUUUGAGAUCAGUGGGAUUCACUUGGAUGAAAAAAAGCGUAGGAAAGCAGUAAAUCUGAACGUCAAAAUAUUGGAUUUAUGUAAUGAAUUUCUCAUUGGAUCUCAUCUCCCAAACAAGAUCGACAAGCACAUUUUGCCAGAACAUAUUCGCCAUAACUUUGCAGUUGAAGGCAAUUAUGCUCAAAUUAGUGGUCUCAAUGCAGAUAGCCCAGAUGAUCUGGUACGUGAAAUUGCCUACAAGGUUUUUCUCUACCCAAACGCUCAGCAACUGAACUGCUUAGAGGAACUGCUCACCAGCAGAAACCUUUUGGCCCAGUUAGUUGGAUAUGAUACUUUUGCUCAUCGGGCUCUUCAGGGAACUAUGGCACAAACCCCAGAAAGAGUAAUGCAGUUUCUUGUAAAGCUUUCAGACAAGUUAUUAAAUAGAAUUCAAAAGGAUUUUGAAAUGAUGGAAGGCAUGAAAAUGAAAGUAAAUCCUAUCAAAUCUGAAUUGAUGCCCUGGGAUCAUCCAUACUAUAGUGGCGUAUUGCGUGCUGAGAGGUAUAAUAUUGAACCUAGUCUAUAUUGCCCCUUCUUCUCUCUUGGAGCGUGUAUGGAAGGCCUGAACAUCUUAUUCAGUAAACUCUUAGGAAUAUCUCUAUAUGCUGAACAGACUGAAAAGGGAGAAUUAUGGUGUGAAGAUGUUCGCAAAUUGGCAGUUGUCCAUGAGCAAGAAGGUUUAUUGGGGUAUAUCUACUGCGACUUCUUUCAAAGGCCAGAUAAGCCUCAUCAGGAUUGUCACUUUACUAUCCGUGGAGGCAGACUACGAGAAAAUGGAGAGUACCAAAUUCCUGUUGUUGUUCUUAUGCUAAGUUUGCCUCAUUCCACAAGCAGUUCACCCACAUUGCUAACUCCUGGAAUGAUGGAGAAUCUUUUCCAUGAAAUGGGUCAUGCUAUGCAUUCGAUGCUGGGAAGGACUCGAUACCAACAUGUGACUGGAACAAGAUGUUCCACUGACUUUGCUGAAGUUCCCUCUAUCUUGAUGGAGUACUUUGCAAAUGACUAUCGAGUAGUAAACCAAUUUGCAAGGCACUAUAAGACGGGUCAGCCACUGCCCAAAAACAUGGUGUCAAGACUCUGUGAAUCUAAAAAGGUUUGUGCUGCUGCUGAUAUGCAAUUACAGGUCUUUUAUGCUGUUCUGGACCAAAUAUACCAUGGGAAACAUCCUCUAGAGAAAUCAACCACAGACAUUUUAAAGGAAACGCAAGAGAAAUUUUAUGGAUUGCCAUAUGUUCCUAAUACUGCCUGGCAACUCAGAUUCAGCCAUCUUGUGGGUUAUGGUGCCAAAUAUUAUUCCUACCUCAUGUCUAGGGCUGUGGCCUCCAUGGUAUGGAAAAAGUGUUUUGUGCAGGAUCCAUUCAACAGAGCAAUGGGUGAGCAUUAUCGCAGAGAAAUGCUGGCGCAUGGAGGUGGAAAAGAGCCCAUACUCAUGGUUCAAGGUAUGCUUCAGAAGUACCCAUCACUGGAAGAUUUUGUGGAUGCCCUUGUUUCAGACUUAGAUCAAGACUUUGAAACAUUCUUUAUGGAUUCUGAAUAAAAGAGAAGAGAAAAUUAAAUAUUCUGGUGAAGAUUUUUAAUACAUAUAAUAAUGUACAUAACUCACUUGUUGAUUAUAUUGCUAAAUCUUGAUGAAAAAAUGUGAAACAAAAGUAAAAGUUUACCUGAGAGUAAA